AUGCUAAUUGGAGACAGCUGCUGUGGUAAAACUUGUUUACUAAUACGAUUCAAAGAUGGAGCAUUCUUGAAUAAUAAUUUCAUAGCUACUGUUGGAAUAGAUUAUCGUAAUAAACUAGUUGAAGUGGAUGAUUCUAAAGUUAAACUACAAAUUUGGGAUACAGCGGGACAGGAAAGAUUCCUCGCAAUUACAACAAGCUAUUAUCGUGAUGCUGAUGCUCUUCUUCUCACAUAUGACAUUACUAAUCGCCAAAGUUUUAUUAAUAUUCGAGAUUGGCUUACUCGAAUUAGAGAGAAAGCCAAAGAGAAUGUACUCAUUACACUAAUUGGCAACAAAAUAGAUUUACAAAGCAAUCGAAAAGUAAAGUAUGAAGAAGGAAAGCAACUUGCUGAGACAUGCAAUAUAGCCUUUGCAGAAACAAGUGCUAAAACUGGUGAAAAUGUGCAAGAAAUAUUUCACGAUAUUGCUAGGUAA